CGUUGGUAGUGUCUACUGUCCGAGGAACAUUAGCAAAUUCCCGCUUUCUAUUCACAAACACCAUCGCCAUCGCCUUGAGCAGACGACAAUGGAGAAUCGGUCUCACGUAGUGGUAUCGCGCAGACUGUGACUGCAAAAUGUGAUUCUCUAGUGAUUUUUUAAAGAAUAUCUCGUAAAACAGAACCAAAUAAAGAUGAUCCUCAACUGGGCCACUGUGUGCUCAAUUAUUUUGUUAGGCACAGUAUCCGCUACCUCAAUCGAACUAAGAAGUUACCUAUCCGAAGAAGGCCUCCACGGCACCAUCACCUUCACCAAAACCCAAGACGGAGUAAAAAUAACGACAGAUUUGAAAACCACCCUACAGUACCCCAACCAAGUGUGGUCGUGGUACGUUACCGAAUUCCCAGUAGACUACACGGAACUAGAAAACCGCUGCGAUAGCUCCAAGUUAGGCAAAAAGAUCGUAGGCUUCGAAGAAACCUUUGGUUACCUUAUUCUUCCAGAGAACCAGACUGUUGAGUACUCCACUCCGGAUCUGAAGAUCUCUGGACCUUUGGGUCUAUACGGUAAGUCCAUUUUGUUGAGGAACGUCGAGACACGCAGGCAAAUAUGUGCUUCGAUCGUCAUGGUCAACAAAACUUUGGAAAGGACCGCUGUCGCAAGAUUCAGCAGUCCAGUGGCAGGCUAUAUCAACUUCAGGUGGUUUUCCGUGGACGGUAAUCAAAGUGAGGUACUUAUCACGACUGACUUGUACCAUUCACGUAACAAAGAAAACUUUGACAAAUCCUUGGACUUCACGGAACACCACUGGAAGAUGUACGUGACUGAUAUCCUGGAAUCUGACAAUGACAGACACAUAGACAAUUGUGAUAUCCUUCAGCUAGUGUUCGAUCCGGAUGACAAAGGGGAGGGCAAGGGUAUAGGUGACAUUGACGUGAGGUUGGGUAAAGUGAAGGUGUCGACUAACUACAACACGAACAAGUAUAAGGUCUUGUAUAGAGAUAGAGAUCUAGUUCUUCUACCUAGUGAUUUGACCGGACCACAGCGACGGUUGUAUUUGGUGUUGUUCGAGAGCAAGCAUCAAGAUGUGUUUCUUGGUUGCGCCAAAAUCAGAUACGAACAUCCUGUAAAUGCCAGGGUGAUAAUUCAAUCGGGAGGUAUCAAAGGUGAUAUAAAGAUGACGCAAGCCACCAGAUUCGAACCAACAUUCCUCAAUUUCAAUCUGACAACCUCUAGGGGAGAUCUCGAGACCCGAAUUGUCUAUAGUUCAACAGUGGCCGGUUACAAAAUCCACGAACUACCCAUCAAGCCUUCCAGGGCAGUCGGACAAAGUGAGAAUUCCUGUUUGACCACCAAGUUCAUCUACAACCCCUUGAAAAGGGAUAUCAACAACUCCCCUCCAAAUGGAUUUGGCACACAAGACCAGUACUCAGUAGGUGAUCUUUCUGGAAAACUACUUGGUAGAAACAACGCCACAGUUUUGGUAGAAGGUGGACAAGAACUUAAUGGUACGUACUGGGACGUAUUUUUGCCUUUGCGUGGAAAACAUUCAGUGGUGCACAGAUCGCUCGUCAUUCACAAAAAUACACAAUAUCCCACUUCUGAAAUAGUGGCAGAGCCCUGGAUUUGCGGAGGAAUUACCCUGUACGAAAACGACUUCAUGUACCAAAAACCCAUUUUCACCGCCCAAGUCCUCUUCAGAUAUCCCACAGUGGGCAGACUUCUAAUGCGCCAAGCAAAAGACGAACCGUGGACCGACACUACUAUUUUGAUAGAGUACUUGGUCCACGCCGAUGGAUCGGCUCUGAACAACUCAGCUGACCACAGAUGGGCCAUUCACGAGUUUGCUCCUGGAAAAGACUUUUACAGCUGGCAGAAUAGGUGUUUAAGUGCCGGAGAGAUCUUCAAUCCUUACAAGGUCGAUUACGACAACAAGUCGUCGACGGAUCAGUGCAACAUGGACAACAUUGGACUGUGCAGACUUGGAGAUCUUUCCACAAGACACGGCACGCUUGAUAUAUCGGGAAAGAUAGCAGAUAGUGACAAGAUAUCAAGAAAACUAUGGACUGAUCCCUUAUUGCCACUGACGGGUCACCACAGUAUUUUAGGAAAGUCGUUCCUCUUGUACGAUGACCAUGGUCCCAAAGCAAGAGGCGAGAGGCUAGCUUGUUCAAUUAUUGGAGGUGUGUACAGAAGAAAAGCAGUUGCAAAAGACUGGUUCCCUAAUGGCUUUGACUUGUCAGUAAAAGGAAAGGUGGAAUUUAUACAGCAGACCGAAUACGACGUUACAAAUGUUGAAGUAUCUUUGGAAGGUCUAAGUGAUAACAGUGGAUACCACGUUCAUAUGACACCUGUAGAGGAAAAUCUGCAAUUUCCUUGUGAAGCUACCUCCCUUUACGGUCACUGGAAUCCCUUGAACGUCGACCCAACUUCCUCACCUCGCCUCUACCAAGGAACACCAGAUCAAUACGAAAUGGGUGAUCUUAGUGGUAAGUUUGGCACUCUAGAUGGUAACAAAACGUACAAAUCCACUUACAAUGACACUUUACUGAGUUUGUUUGGGCCCAGGAGUAUAUUGGGAAGGUCUGUCGUCAUACACAAAAAGGAUAAACGUAGAUGGGCUUGUUCUACUAUCGAAAGGGGUUACAGCCCUUCUGAGGCUAGAGAGUUGAGGGCAAUUGCCUCUUUCCACAAUCCAAAUGGUCAUGCUUUUGGAUAUAUGAAAAUGAGGCAACUUAUCAAUACAGAUGGCAGCGCUAGUGACACGACCAUUGAGGUAAAACUAAGGCACCCCGGAAAACACGACCGCAACAUUACGAGAGACCAUCACUGGGCGAUCUAUGUAAAUCCUGUUGGUGUCGAUGCUACAGUAAAAACGUUAAAUACUAGAUGUGUGGCUGGAGGAUAUAUUUGGAAUCCAUUCUUUACCCAAUUGGCUGAUCCCUUAAAUGAAGAACUUUAUCGUCAAGAGUGUGGUCCAGAAAAUCCUCUCAGAUGCCACGUGGGAGAUCUAUCGGCCCGACUGGGCACUAUCGAUAUCGGUCUCAAAAGAAAAGUUUUCACCGACUCAAAUUUUCCUUUAGAAGGCGACGUUUCUGCCAUAGGUAGAUCUAUAGUCAUCCUAACACCAAAUAAAGGGGGGGAGAGAUUUGCUUGUGCCAAUAUAGAGCCCGACUAUGACAUCAUUAAAUAUGCCAAUAUUGAGAAACCGCCAAGAUUCGUAGUAGCACAGUUUAUUGAAGAUGUAAGAGACGUUAUGGGGAUCCCCGAAUGGUUCUUAACUGUGGACAGCAGAAAAACGAAAAAUUUGCACAACAAUGCUUGCAUGCAGCUGUUGCUACAUUUUAAAGGACCUAUUGCUAGUAAACUGGAGCAAGAUUUUAGUAGACUACUGUCUUUGGGUAGGCUAGAAGCACCAAGUUUGUACAUUCCAGGAUACAUUAACGAGAAGAGAAAAGUGAAAAUAUCAUACAAACAGUGUGGCGCAAGGGAUCCAAAUGAAAAAAGCAAAAGAAAAUCAUUUUUCGCCUUUGGAUCUAGCGCUAGUAGACAAGUAUUUACGACUGAUGUAAAUUUAAUUAUGAUUUUAUUAGUAACUUAUUUAUUUUAUUGAUUCGUUGUUGAUAAUGUAAAUA